CUCGCCAUCUUGCAGGAGUGCUGUUACGUUGUCAGCCGGUGAAGAUCCAAUUUCGCUCUAAUUUAACAGUUUUCCGUUUUCCAACGAAUUACAGAAAUGGCUGACCAAGAACAACCAUUAUACACGCCGUUUUUUGGCGUUAUGGGCGCCACAGCUGCUAUUGUGUUCAGCGCCCUGGGUGCUGCCUAUGGCACAGCGAAAUCUGGUACAGGCAUUGCUGCCAUGUCGGUGAUGAGACCAGAAUUGAUCAUGAAAUCUGUUAUUCCUGUAGUUAUGGCUGGUAUUAUCGCUAUCUACGGAUUGGUUGUAGCUGUACUAAUUGGAAACGGUAUAUCAAAAGAGUAUCAACUGGCAAAGAGUUUCUACGAUCUGGGCGCUGGUCUAAGCGUGGGUCUCAGUGGGCUGGCAGCCGGGUUUGCCAUCGGCAUUGUGGGCGAUGCUGGAGUCCGCGGAACUGCUCAACAACCCAGACUCUUUGUUGGCAUGAUUUUGAUUCUUAUCUUUGCUGAAGUAUUGGGUCUUUACGGACUGAUUGUUGCUCUGAUCUUAUUCACAAAACAAGCAUAAUGGCUGUCAGGUCGCCUCCAUUCAUGUCUAGAACCAUAUGUUAAUAUUUCUGUUGAAGAGAAGGGAUAUGUAUGGCAACGGGUUGUCCACGCAUGGCCUGCAGUAUAGCGUUGACUGAGACCCUGGGGGUCGAUGGUGGCAGACCUUGAAUAUUUAGGAGGCUAAAGAUGAUCACAAGUCGCCACUGGCUGACCUUCAAAGGGAAGUCACUCUGUCUGGACAAUUAAGGAUAUCACUUGACAGUGUAUAUGUUUAUUUAUAAAAAAAAAUACGAAUUGAAUGAGGGGUUAAAAAUCUUUAGGAGUAAGUAAGUAAUGUUCUUUUUGCAUGACAUAUGUACAUCCAUUAGAACAAAAACUUACCAAUGGUGUAAAUAUCAUAGCCUAUGUACAUAUAGCUUGUGAGAAGAAUAUUCGAUUUAUUUCUGAAGAAACUGAAUAUUUGUUCGCUUCAUACUUUCAUUUGUUUUUGUUUGUUUUUUUUUUUUUGUUUUUUUUUAAUAGUGUGCAUGGAAAUAUUCUAUAUAUACAUUAUAAUGAUCAUAAUCAUUAUAUCAAGUCAAAUGAUACCAUUAAGCAAUCUAGAAAAAAAAAAGAAAAUAGAAUAAAGUAUUUAAAAAAUUUAAGGGUACAGUUCUUUGCUGGAUGAAGUUUGAGACACAUAUGUUAAUCAAGUUAUGAUACUACAAAUAACACUGACCUUUUUAGCAGGCCUAAUUAUGUAUGUAUAUUGGUGCAGUUGGGCCUUCUUGUAGUGCAAUGAGCUCUUCCGUAAUAGAAAGAAUAGUAUUCGUUGAAUUGUAUUUUUGGUUCCAUGAAGUCUUGUCAACAUCUGGAGACAUAAGCCUGUGCUUAAACCAAUGCUGUUUUUUUUUCUUUUUUUGCCUUUCAAUAUACGGGACUGAUAUGCCAUUUAUGAUAUUAUCACUGAUGCGAUGAAAGAUGUUUGAGUGUUGCCCUGCACAAGGUCACUGCACACAUUAAUGUCCAAUCGGUUAUCUUCCUGAGUUACGUAAGCAGAUACCUAUGGGAAUUAGUAAUUUGCUGUACAGCAUAUGACAUCUGUAAAGAUUUCUGUAAAUAGUGAAGAAUUCCCGUCAUCCAGUGUCCCAAUAAAAUGUGACCUGAUGUUUGCUUAUCAUGUACAGUUACUAAUUUUUAUUUUAGAUUGUUUAUUAUUGAAUAUUUUUAUUUUUGUCACAUUAGGCUUCUACUGUGCUGUAAAAGUGAAGCCUACAACUUACUGUCAAUAAUACCAAACUUUUCAGGUUGAAAUUAGGUUGUUUUUGAACUCUCAUAUAAACAUGUAACCCACCUAAAAUCUGUCCAGUUACUACUACGCAACAUUUCGCUUACAAAACAAAAGAUGUAUUAAAUGUUAACCUGUAGUCUUUUGAACAGACCUCUAGAGACUUUGCUGAAAUUGGCAUGUUGUGGUGCAUUGUCCUUGUCAAAUGACAUUCCACGUUUUGUUUUUUCUUUAUCAUCAAAUUCUUACUUUAGACUGUAAAGAUCUGUUGAUUCUCUUUGUCCUGUAUUCCUUGGGACAUCAUUUAAGAAUAGAGACUGGUGGCCACUGGCUUCUCUUUACAGGUUAUCAUUAUCUAUCUAUAAAUAUGUAAGGAUUAUUAUGGGAGUCUACUGCUGCAAGCCAGGCCUGCAGUGGUCUGUAGGGCAAAGCUCAUUUGCCCUGGGUAUCACCUGCAUCUUUGUUGUGUUCCCAUAGUCUAGCAUAAUCACGUGUAUGGGCUCGAUGGAGCGCCUCCAGGUUUCUAGAGUCACGACCAGACCACCAGCCUCAGAUUUUUCCACAUACUCGGAAACGGUGUGAUGAUCUAUAUUGUAGUCAGUGACAAUGUUCAUGUGUGUGCGUCAGUAUUUAAACGUUUGUAUGUAGAGUCGCGUUCCUGUGUAUACGCAGGCUGUCCUGCGCUCAAAUGUAGUCCACCAGACGUUUGUAUGUUCAGUUCAGGUAGAUAAAGCAAUUGUACAGAUUAGACCUACUACAGAUACAGGAAUAAUAAAAGGUACAUAUUA